CUGGGUCUCCUGAGAUAGCGCGUGGGGCUCCAUGGGUUCCAACACCUAAAAUGAAAAAGAAAAAAGUAGUCUUGUAGUUUACAUUUAUUGUGCUACUGAUUCUACCAACACCUGAAGAGCUCUUUUAGAAAGUUUGCUGUCCGUUCUGCUGGACUGAUAACCUUCCUGUAGAUGAUUUUUUUUUUUUUAAAGAAGAUCUAAGAAGGGAUAAACACACAGGGAUUCAACCAUAAUUGUAGUCUAUGGAAAUGCAGGAUCUAGCCAGUCCUCACAGCCGAGUAAGUGGAAGCAGUGAAUCUCCUAAUGGUCCCAACCUCGACAACUCCCACAUCAAUAACAAUUCCAUGACACCCAAUGGCACUGAAGGUGAUAGCAUCACAAUGCUUACCACUGCAGACUGGUUGUUAGGUUCUAACUCACAGUCCUCUGCAGUUAAAAGUGAGCCAAUGAGCAGCAGCGAAAUCGCCACCUCGAUAGCAGACACCUCUCUAGACAGCUUCUCAGGAUCAGCUAUUGGAACCAGUGGCUUCAGCCCAAGACAAACUCACCAGUUCUCUCCGCAGAUUUACCCUUCCAACAGAACAUAUCCGCAUAUUCUUCCUACCCCUUCAUCCCAAAAUAUGGCUGCAUAUGGGCAGACGCAGUACACCACAGGAAUGCAGCAGGCCGCAGCUUAUGCUAGCUACCCCCAGCCUGGCCAGCCGUACGGCAUCCCGGCCUAUGGUCCAUUGUGGGCAGGCAUAAAGACAGAAGGGGGUCUGAGCCAGUCCCAAUCCCCGGGACAGACGGGCUUCCUGGGCUACAGCUCCGGCUUCACCACACCGCAGACGGGACAGGCUCCCUACAGUUACCAGAUGCAGGGUGGCACUUUCACAACAACUUCAGGAUUGUACACAGGAAACAACUCCCUGACAAACUCGACCGGCUUCAACAGCACACAGCAGGACUACCCCAGUUAUCCAUCCUUUGGCCAGGGGCAGUAUGCUCAGUAUUACAACAGCUCACCCUACACUUCACCCUACAUGACAAGUAACAACACCAGCCCCAGCACGCCCUCCACCACUACCACCUACACUCUCCAGGAGCCACCCACUGGCAUCACCAGCCAGGCGCUCACAGAGAACCCCGCAGUAGAGUACAGUACCAUCCACAGUCCAUCAACCCCCAUUAAAGAUUCAGAUUCAGAUCGAUUGCGCCGAGCCUCGGAUGGAAAGUCACGUGGCCGGGGAAGAAGGAACAACAACCCAUCACCGCCGCCUGACUCUGACCUUGAGCGAGUGUUCAUCUGGGACCUGGAUGAAACAAUCAUCGUUUUCCAUUCCUUGCUCACGGGUUCCUAUGCCAACAGAUAUGGACGGGAUCCGCCGACCUCUGUGUCAUUAGGCUUGAGGAUGGAGGAAAUGAUCUUCAACCUGGCAGACACACACUUAUUCUUCAACGACUUAGAGGAAUGUGACCAGGUACAUAUCGAUGAUGUGUCCUCUGAUGACAACGGCCAGGAUUUGAGUACUUAUAACUUCGGCGCUGACGGUUUCCACGCAGCAGCGACCAGUGCCAAUCUAUGUCUGGCCACAGGCGUGCGGGGAGGCGUGGACUGGAUGAGAAAACUUGCCUUCCGCUACAGACGAGUAAAAGAAAUCUACACCACCUACAAAAAUAACGUCGGAGGUCUGCUGGGCCCAGCCAAAAGGGAAGCCUGGUUGCAAUUGCGAGCAGAAAUUGAAGCCUUGACGGACUCCUGGUUAACACUGGCACUGAAAGCACUAACAUUAAUCCACUCAAGGUCAAACUGUGUAAAUAUCCUGGUGACCACCACGCAGCUCAUCCCUGCCCUGGCUAAGGUCCUGCUCUACGGCCUGGGAAUAGUCUUUCCUAUCGAGAAUAUUUAUAGUGCAACCAAAAUAGGGAAGGAGAGCUGCUUUGAGAGAGUAAUUCAAAGAUUCGGGAGGAAAGUUGUUUACAUUGUGGUCGGCGAUGGUGUGGAAGAGGAGCAAGGCUCGAAAAAGCACAACAUGCCCUUCUGGAGGAUCUCCAGCCAUUCAGACCUCAUGGCCCUCCACCACGCUCUAGACCUGGAUUACUUGUAGCACUGCACCACCACCAUCCACUAGACUCCGCCUCAGCACACCCUGCAGCCUUCCACCUUUGCCCUCCAGCCCUGUCCCAAGCUUACUGUAGACCCUGCAGCUCAGAAAAACCCGUCUACACCGCCACCCCCCCCCC